AUGAUGAAUGAUAAUGAAAAUAUUGAGAACUUGGUUGGUUUACUAAAAAAAGUUGAGAGAAAGCAGAGAAGAGAAGAAUUUGAAAAAUAUAGAAAGGUCUCAGAUGAAAUACAUUAUGAAUUAAAGCAAUACUUGGUAAAGUUUCAUCAAAUUGCUAAAAAAUCAGAGAAGAAGGCUUUAGAACAAAUAAAUAAUGAAUAUAAGCAAGAAGAAAGAAGAAUACAGGAAUUUUUGGAACAAAUUAAAGAUAUUGAAAUACAAUUUAGUAAGAUAAAUGCAGAAUAUGAAAGAGGAAAAAAAAAUUUACAAGGUAGAAUUUCCAAAUUAAAAGAAAUGUACUCUGUACAAUUAGAAUUAAUACAAGAAGAAGAAAGGAAAGAGUUGAGAAUAUUAAGGAAAGAGAUGAAAAAUUUACUUUUGUUAGCUAAAAAAGAAGCCUAUCAAUUUUCAAAAAAUAAUGUAAAGUUUGGAAACAUGAAAAUCAUUAAUUUGGUAAAAAGAAUAUCAACAGAGAUAUAUUAA